GCUCAGGUAUUAGAAAAUUUGAAUGCAUUUUUCGUUGUAACUUUCCAUUUGUUUUCUUUUGAUUGUUGUUGUUGUUUCUUUUUCCACUUACUUAACCUUUUCUAUAUCAUAGAGAAAACUUGAGUUUUUAGCUGUCAAGAGGUGGUCCAGGGACCUCAACCUUCUUCCCCAAAGGCCCUUAAAAUGCUGGGGUAAAGAUAAUUCUAUUUAGACCCUAACUUUUAUAUAAUUACAUCAUUGCCUUCUUAUGGUGCAGACCCUACCUAACAGGAAGGCGCUGAAUUAGGUGGAUUUGGGGGAAAUUAGAAUAACUACCAAUGUAACCAGGCUCCUAGAGGGUUGGGUAAAGGUGCUGUGCCUUGGGAGGAGGCCCUGGUGCUGGGCUGCAGGCUGAGUCAUCGUCAUGGAUGGGAGCCCAGGUGGCGUAUCCGAGAGGAGACCAUAACAUUGGAAGGGAAAGUCACGAACAGACCAGUUCUGAUAAGACGUAUAUGGCAUGAUUGAUGUGGUUUUCCCUUCUAUUUCAAGUGUAUAAUUGAGACCUGAUUUAAUAGCAGAUGAUGUGAAAAUGUACUCUGGGGUGGACAGUGUGAUGCAGUAGCCAACAAUAACUAUGACCAGCAGCCUGAGGCCAGGUGAGCACAGAGUCCAGAGUGAGGGAGGUGACGGUGCUGUGGGGAGACCCAGCGAGAGUAAAUCUGGUUCUCCGUGCAACAUUCUAAGAGGGAAAUUGAUACAUUCGAGCAGGAGCAAAGGAUGGGAAACUACAAUGGCAGAGGAUUUGAAAGGUGUCAGAGGUAGCAAGAACUGGAGAAGUGUAUUUAAUAGUGUUGGAAUCAGAUGUACCAGUCGGUCAAUAAUGAACAUAGAACAUGUGUACUUACUUACGGUGUCCCAGACGGUGGGCAGCCAGACAAGAGAUGGUUUGGAACGUAGGCGUGGGAUUAUUAUUUGUAGACGUCAGAUGAAUUAUCAGACAUAAGAAGGUUAUACACUCUUUAGCUUUCCGAGGGCAGAAUGGAAUCACGGUGUGGGGUUGCAGGACUCCGCUCGGAGAUGGGGACUGUCCCAGAGGGUGUGCCCUGGCUCAGACUAGACCCGUGCUCUGGGGGACGCGGUCCUUGAAGAUGGGCUAAAUUACAGGUGUUAAGAGAGGGUAUGAUCCUGGUGGGGCUUUAGCCUGGGGACCCUUCUAACUCAGAGAUUCGGAAUAGUCUGACUGAGAGAUUCGUUACAUCUGUGUACUCCCCAGCCCUGGCUGCAUCCUGUGGUUCACGUUUAUUGUCGGCUAGCUACUGCGUUCUUGAGGAUGAGGGAGAAUGUGCUGGGCAGACAUCCUCGGCUACCCAGAUCCACUUAGUUUCUGAGUAGCGGAUGAUUUGUCGGUAUCUGGUUCCUCAGUGGCACUUGUGAGAAGUGCCUGCUUUGGUAUUACUCGGUUUGGGGGAGUUUGGCCAGUGUCAUUCCUAACACACCAGCGUUCACUUUGCUCUUACUCUUUUCCUCCCAGGCUCCAUUUUUCUGCAUUUAACGCAGUGUCUGCUCUACCUGUCAUCCUCUCCCCUCUCCCCACCCCCACCCCUUUUUCCCUCUUGAGAUGUUUCUGUGUUGCUCCUUGUCCUGCAAAGAGGGAUGACUCAUCUUCUCUGUGAUUCCGCCAACAUAGUUCCUCUGUGUGUACACGUGUCUGUGUGUGUAAAUGCAAUACGUACACGUGCGUGUGCAUGAGCGAUCCGGCGUGGGGCUCACCGCGAGCGUGAUGCGGCACAGAUAGUGCAGUGAGAAGGAUGUUUUCACCCAGAUCUGGAAUGGAUUUUUUUUUCUGCCUGACCGAUCUGAGACACAGACAUUCUAAGAAAGAAAAGAGAAAAAGCAGAGGAAGCAGCGAUGUAAAAAAAAAAAAAAUCCUAUCAAUCACGCCCCCACCCCCCACCCCCCGUGCAGUUUCGGCGCUGGUGUGGUGAGCUCAGGAGCACCGCACGCUGAGAACCGGCUCUUGACCAUAGUGACCUCAUUCCCAACGCCGCCUUCCUCGGCGGCGGCAGGAGCUGCUGCGCCGGCUCGCGGGCUGGCUGGGCUGCGAGCCUGCCGGCGGCGUGUCAGCAGUGACGAGACCCAGGCUUGCAAGGACUUGCCCGGCAACUGGAAUUUAUGACAAAUAGCUCGCUGCAGCUAAACUUUGAUCCAGGGUACAGUUGAACCGCCUGUUACACACAGGAGGGAGACGCAUCCUUCGCAAUGAAAACCCAGCCUUAAAAAAAAAAAAAAAAGAAAGGAAAAAAAACCAGAACGCAUGUGUCAGGUUUAUAAUUACAGACUGGUGAGUAUAUAUGAUGCCUGAUCAAUUUUAACGUGUGUGUUUUUUCUCCAAGCAUCCGGAGGUAUGUGCCCUUUUACCUGUUUUAAUGCUGCAAAGAUCUUAGUUGGUGCUCAGUGCAUGGGAGGGGGCCUGGGCCCCUCGGAGAGGAGGAUGUGCCCCCUUGCAGCCCCCUGGGGCCUGGGGUACAUUUGCAGCCCAGAGUCUCCACACCGCACAGACAAAGGAGCCUGUACCGACAGCCAGAGGCUGUAGCUUUUCUUAGAGUGAUGACUCAUUUCAGCUCACAAAGGAUUCUGGGCAGGGUGAUGAGAAGUCAGGUUGGCUGAUCCGUCCCUAUGACUUCACUUUGCAGAGAACAAGGCGGAAGAGGAGUGACACUGCAGAAUCCCAAGGCACUGCAGUGGGAGACGGCUCAGGACAAGUGGCUGUGAUAGAUGGGCCAGGCACGGGGCGGGAUUCCAGCUGUUCCCUGCAAAUAGGGGAAAAGAAUGCUAAAGGGGAUUCUUUUUUUCCCCUAAAGUCAUUACCAGCAAAGUCCAUUCACAGAGCCUUUUAAAGGUGCUUUUUGCCAGUUUUGAAAUUGAACUUGUACCAGUAUCUCAAGCCCUGAAUUGUAAGAAGUGCUGAGAGUUUUGGAAAUAUUUUUUUUUUUUUAAUAGAUCGACCAAGGUAAAGUACCAGAUUCCUAUUGUGUUCCACGUGCCCUCAGUAGCCAAUCUGAAAUGCUCAUUUAGGAUAUUAUUACUCGAAAGUUUACUCUUUCUUCUUAUUCCAGAUUCUAGGACGUCCGUUUCUGUUACUGGCUCCUUCUCGUGCCUGAAUGCUACCCCCUAGCAUGCACCAGGCUUUAGUGUCAAAGCUACCUGGGGGAUGGAGCCAGUCCAGAAAGGGUCAGGUGAUGUAUCACCAAUCAGUAUGUCUCCCAUCAGUCAAUCUCAGUUUAUCCCACUCGGGGAAAUCCUUUGCUUGGCCAUCUCCGCAAUGAACUCGGCGAGAAAACCUGUCACCCAAGAAGCACUGAUGGAGCACCUGACCACCUGUUUCCCAGGUGUUCCCACCCCAAGCCAGGAAAUCCUCCGGCACACGCUGAACACACUGGUACGGGAGAGGAAAAUCUACCCGACUCCAGACGGCUAUUUCAUCGUCACCCCACAGACUUAUUUCAUAACUCCUUCCCUCAUAAGAACUAACAGCAAAUGGUACCAUUUGGACGAGAGGAUACCUGACAGGUCUCAGUGUACCUCUCCGCAGCCCGGAACCAUCACGCCCUCUGCCUCCGGCUGCGUCAGGGAAAGAACGUUGCCCAGGAACCACUGCGACUCUUGCCACUGCUGCAGGGAAGACGUGCUCGGCGUGCACGCGUCCACGCUGCAGAGGAAGCCGGCCAAGGACUGCAAAGACCCGUACUGCCCCCCCGCCCUCUGCCAGGUGCCGCCCACCGAAAAGAGCAAAAGUACUGUCAACUUCUCGUAUAAGACGGAAACUCUCUCCAAACCUAAAGACAGUGAAAAACAGUCCAAAAAAUUCGGGCUCAAGUUAUUCCGGCUAAGUUUUAAAAAAGACAAGACCAAACAGCUAGCCAAUUUUUCUGCCCAGUUUCCUCCCGAAGAGUGGCCCCUGCGAGAUGAGGACACGCCGACCACCAUCCCUCGGGAAGUGGAAAUGGAGAUCAUUCGGCGCAUUAACCCGGACUUGACCGUGGAAAAUGUCAUGAGGCACACUGCACUAAUGAAGAAACUUGAAGAAGAGAAAGCGCAUAGGAGUAAAGCUGGGUCCUCCGCCCAUCACAGCGGAAGAAGUAAAAAGAGUAGGACUCAUCGCAAGUCCCACGGAAAGUCUCGGUCGCACAGCAAGACGCGAGUGUCCAAGGGAGACCCAUCGGAUGGUUCCCAUCUGGAUAUCCCUGGUGAAAGGGAAUAUGACUUUUGCGAUCCUCUUACCAGGGCGCCCCGGGAGGGCUGCUUCAUCAUUGAACACAAAGGGGAUAACUUCAUCAUGCAUAGCAAUGCCAAUGUGAUUGAGUCUCAUUUCCCCAUGACUCCGGAAUGGGAUGUGUCUGGGGAACUGGCCAAAAGGAGAACUGAGAUGCCUUUUCCUGAGCCUUCCAGGGGAAGCUCCCACUCAAAAGUGCACCGAAGCCACAGCCAUACCCAGGACCGGAGGUCCAGAAAUGAGAGAUCCAACAAGGCCAAGGAGAGGUCCAGGUCCAUGGACAACUCCAAAGGCCCUCUGGGUGCUUCUUCUCUGGGGACGCCUGAAGACCUGGCUGAAGGCUGUAGUCAAGACGACCAAACCCCUAGCCAGUCCUACAUUGACGACAGUACUUUAAGACCUGCACAGGCUGUCAGUCAUCAAAGAGCUCACAUUUCGUCCACAAGCUACAAAGAGGUGUGUAUUCCAGAGAUCAUCAGUGGCAGCAAGGAACCCUCCAGCACUUGUAGCCUCUUGGAGCCAGGCAAACCACCCGAGAGUUUGCCAUCCUAUGGUGAACUCAAUUCUUGUCCGACAAAAACAGCCACGGAUGACUAUUUCCAGUGCAACACCUCCAGUGAGACAGUGCUCACGGCGCCGUCGCCUCUAGGAAAGAACAAAGAGGACCAUGACACUCUGACCCUGGCAGAAGGGGUGAAAAAGCUGCCUCUGUCUGACAGGCAGACCCCACAUUCCUCCCGGGAGCCCGUAGGGCACAAGGAGGAGUCGCCAAAGGGGCCAGGCGGGGGCCCAGCUGCUUCUGGCACUGUGGCUGAAGGGAUUGCCAACGGACGCCUCGUCCAGCAUCACGGCGCCGAACCCAGCAGCCUGGACAAGAGGAAAGAGAUAUUUAGCAAAGACACACUGUUCAAACCUCUUCACAGCACCUUGUCUGCAAACAGCUAUCACAAAUCGAGCCUGUCUCUCCUCAAAUCUCACCCGAAGACACCUGCGGACACACUGCCAGGCCGGUGCGAGAAACUGGAGCCGUCCCUGGGGACCUCGGCCCCGCAAGCCAUGCCGGCUUCCCAGCGUCAGCAGGAGUCAGGGGGGACCCAGGAGGCCUCUUUUGACUAUUACAACGUCUCUGAUGACGACGAGUCUGAGGAAGGGGCAAAUAAGAACGCAGAGGAGGAGAAAAACAGAGAUGACGUGGGCACCAUGCAGUGGCUUCUGGAAAGGGAGAAGGAAAGAGACUUGCAGAGGAAAUUUGAGAAGAACCUCACCCUCCUCGCCCCAAAGGAAACCGACAGUGGCAGCAACCAGAGGGCCACCCAUUCGGCACGCCUGGACAGCAUGGACAGCAGCAGCAUCACCGUGGACAGUGGAUUCAACUCCCCACGCACUCGGGAGAGCCUGGCUUCCAACACAUCAAGCAUCGUUGAAAGUAACCGUCGUCAGAACCCUGCCUGGAGCCCAGCCCACGGUGGAGCUGGCCCGGCCUUCAAUUUCCGAGCAAGUACGGACCCCCCCACAAGUGAAGCUGAGAAGUUACAGAAACCUUCCAGCUGCUUGCAAGCUUCUGUUACUAGUGUGUGAUAGUCGUUCUGCCUCAGAUCUCCUGUCUCGUUCGAUACAGCCAAGUUUACGACACUGGGACUGAUGUUUACAUCUUCGGGAAGACAAGCAUCUCAACCACAGUUUUUGUGUUGAACUUAAACUGUGCUGCUAAGUAGGCUAGGGCAAAAACAACAACAGAAAAAUCUUUAUUUCAGAGUAUCGCUUUUCACGUUUAUGGCUCUGUAGCAACAAGAAUAGCAGUAGGGGUGAUAUGUAUACUUUUGCUUCACUAAUUGUAACUGAGCACACAUAGGAAAGUCUAGACACUGUACGUGUGAUAUGCAUUUUCGAUGUCAUACAAUUGCCAAGUCCGUUUGAAAAUGCCACAGAUGCGUGUUGCUCCCAGUCUGUGGCCACAUGGUGCCACAGAACUGAUCCUUAACACUUCCAAAAACAAACAAAAAAACAAAGCCACCACAAAAUGUCAAAUGUGAGGGUCCACCCUGAGGGAAUUCUAUGCCAAACUGACGAGAAGGGACCCCCAGCCCUUUGUGUGUGAACCGUUCAGGCACCUGUCAUUCUGCACUGUGAGUUUUCAUGACACGAUUUUGUAGGAGCCCGUGGAAGUGUAUCAGAAGGGGUCGUGAUCCAAAUCCUGGGAGUGUUUGUUGUCAGGAUUUUGUUUUUUAAGUGUCACAGAUGCUUGUCUGAAUUUUUUUUAACCUUCCGUAAUCACAAACAGGAAUAUAGGCCUUUGAAUCUGAAAUGGACAAAGGAAGGACCCCCCCCCCCCAGCCCCAGCUUGGCUGGGGCACAGCACUCAGUGAUGGGAGAGGUAAUGCGAUGUUUAAAAUGUGUCAAUCAAAUAUUAAAGGAAGAUCAUUUCCUCCUUGUGAUACUUACGAUAAUCUAUCUUACUAUCAUAGAUAACGAUAAUUAGUUUGUUUAAAAGCAAAAUGUUCUUUGUGAUACAAAUGAAGACUAUGGCCUGGGACGUUAUUCUUUCUAAUGGAAGGACAUAAAUCUAUUUUAUGUAGUUUUAAAUAGAAUGCCUAAAUUAGGCUAUGGGAGAUAAUUUUUAGUGGUUAUAGGAAAGAGCAAAUUUAGGGAGAGUUGAACUUCAGGCCUUUUAUUCCUGGGAAGAUAUCUAUAGAGAAAACUUUAAAAUAAUUUUUGAUUAGAAAUACACAUGUGCCCAUGUAAUUAACAACAGAAUGUGAUCAUUCUGCAAGUGUAGUGUAAUCCUAACUUGUACGCCCCUAAAAUUUAUCAGAAUAACAAUUAUGCAUACAUGAACUAUGCCAGAGUAAUGUUUACAAAUACUUUGUAACCAGUUUCAGGAGGCAUUUUUAGGCAGAUGUAUAGUUUUUAGCCCAGCUUACUUCAAAAUGGUUUGUUAACAUUUUGCUUCGGUUUCCGAUGUCAUGUUGAAUACAAAGAAGUUUCUCAGCAGCAAAGGGAUUAUGAAUAAUCAAGAUUCAGCCUGCUAGGAAAGAGAGAUUUCAAAGUUCCCAUGUCCUAUUUUAUGAGAAUGAUGGAAUAAAUCUGUAGCUGAUGGAAAAUUAUUCACCAAAGGGUUACAUGCAACACAAGUAAACGGUCUGACAAGAAGUUUUAUUUAUUUAGUUCAGUGGCAUGUGAUGUUUGGAGCCAUAAAACAGAAAAUAAAGAUCCAAAAAUAAAUCUAAAAUAUUUUCACCUCAGAUUUCAGGAAUUGGCAUAAAAUUUGUAAACCACUUCUGCUUUGGUAUUAGGUUGAAUCACUAGCAGUCUGUUUCAAGAGUGGUGCCAUGUACACAGUGGGACUGAGUCUUGAAACAUUUGGGCAGUCCCUCAUACUUCUUCAGCUGUUUGGAAGUUUUGUUGGGUCAAAUAGGACUCGUCAAGUUUAGGAAAGAUUCCUUUUCUGUGCUCGUAGUGAAACGUAAGCCCAUUUCUUGGUUAACUCUCACAUCACUAAAAUGCUUAAGCAGUUGGCUUUCCAUCUCAUGCCGGAUUUCCUCCAAGGCAUGCCCUGAUUGCUCAGAAACGCUCUGUCUCAUUGCUUUACUGUGUCCAGAAGGAACAUGUAUCUGUUUCUUUGGAGAGUUGUAUACCAUAGAGUUACUAAAUUUUUCCAUGUAAAUUUUUUUUCCCCAAAAUCUGCCCUCACGUAGGCGUCAUUCUAGAAUUCAUAAAUAUUUUAACCAUCAAAACAAUACAUCAGCCUCUAGUCAACCCUCCUCAAGCAGCCAUUAUAAUAAUCAAAUACUGUGUGAACAGGAAAGGAAAGCAUUACCUUUAAGAGAAGCUUUAAAAUAGGAACCUAUCAAUAUUUCACAAGAUGUAGGUUUACAGAAGACGCUAUUCGAAUAAAAUGUGUAAGCUCUUUGCCUGAUGCUAUGGGAUACAUGAUUUAAAGAAAAAAGAAAACGAAACAAAACUCCCUUAGACCAGCAGCCGUUAGCAUAGAAACGAUGGACUUUAAAGAGGGUAUGAUGUAAGCAGACGUUCCAAGUAGAGAUACGCCCGUCGGAAUCGAAUCGGGAUUGUUGAAUGGGGGACAAGAGGGGGCAGGAAGCACAUGACGCAUAUGACCCAAGAUGGUCCGCAGUGAUGUCCUCAGUGACCAAACCCUUGGGCCCGCUCCAGGCUUUGCCAGCACCCUUUUCCUCCAGUGAGGCGACAGCUCUGUGUCCCGCGGCUGCUCCUCUAGAUUUCACUUCGAGUUUAUCGACUGAAAGGUUUACAGAACUGAAUCUGGUUGAAUCUCGGUGUAGCGUUCAACUUUAAAGGGUCAACACAUCUGUCGGCAUUUUGCACACUUAUGUAUUAUUAUGAUACAGCAUAUUACUUUAUGGUAAUUUUUUUUUUUGACAUAGAACUACCUCCAUAAAUUUGAUGAAGCGGCAGCAGUGCGUUCAAGUGUAUUGUUCAGAAGAGCCAAGUUGAAAAACUUGCUGACACGUUAGGCCGUGGUGUUGUCUGUGUGUCAGUGAUUGCCUGUGUGGACUCGUGACUGUCCCAUCGCCAUGGUUUGCUUUUACGGCAUUAUUUCACUCUCAGACGUCAACCUGUCUCUCCUCUUCCAGCCCCCGCAAAGCACCCUUGACUUUGUGAUGAAUGAGAGGAAGUUUCGAUUUCCUGGCUUCCCCGCCCCCACCCUGUUCCUGCUAAGAGUUCUCUCUGGCAAAGAGUCAAUUGGUAAACAUAAUUUAGCCAGCUAUUUACUCCUAUACAAAUCUGAUUGGAAGUCCAGGUUUUCGGUCACAAGACACACGAGAAAUUUGGACUGCCAACUUUGAAGCAUUUGAGCCCUCUCUGCCUUCUCAUUUGCAUGCAACCAUAUUGAGCCCAGGCAUCAUUUGAAUUCAAAGAGCUGUGCCAUGCAUUCACAACUUCUGUUCCAUAAUUUUGGACUUCAUUUUAUAUAUUUUGCACAUCUCAGGGGAUCUUCAUGAGCAUAUGAAAAGGGGUGGGGGUGCCGUCAAAUAGAGAAAACAAAUAGAAAAGCUAAAAGAGGACUAGCUGGAUAAAAAUAACAAAUGACUGCUUCUCUGACGUGAAGUUCGAGUUCAGGAGGCAUAAAUUAAAAGUUAAUCUGGAGGAACAACGAUCUUAACACCAGCUGUUCCCAAAUCUCCCUUUUUCACCACCCAACCAGCAUUUCUAAAAAAUAAAUUUAAAUUAUAUUAUAGUCACCGUGGGGAGAGAAAAAACCUGUUCAGUGAUAACGAAAGCUUUUUUUUUUUGAGGUUGGCACAGCUUUGUAAAAUUCUACCCAGGAUGAACCACUUAUCACCACAAAGUGUACUUGAAAAUAAAGUUUUUAAACUUAAAUUACAAGCAUAUUGCUCACAAUACAAUAGGGAUCAUAUUUUGGAAACUCACCAUGUGUAUAACACGGGCAGUAUUUGGAGCUUGAUUAAAAACCAACAACAACCUGUGAUGACUUCGUAAAUUUGUUUUGGGAUCUCAAAGUGCUUCCAAAGCAUUUGGAUUCAUGAUUAACAAAACAGGUCAUAUUUGUAAAACCCAUACUUGAAAUGAAGAAGGAAGGAGUGACAUAAGAUUACCCAGAAACACAGCGGCAGCUACCAGUGGUCUAUUUUCUAUGUUUGAUAGACCAUCACGAGAAAUCACGAAAUACAAUGCCCUUUUUCUGAUGUGUGCUAAUAAAGUCAAAGAAAACGAAUACAA